CCGGCCCUCGCGCUCCGGGGCUCUCGGUGACAUUGAACGCUCGGGCCGCGUCGUCACCCCGGACGCGCCGUGCGGGCCUGCGAGUCGGCGGCCAUGGGGAGCGUCCGCGGCCUGCGCCUGCUGGCGGGAAGCUGUUUGAGGGUACCUGGAAGAGAUGCUUCUUCAUCUCCCCGGCUUUCCAGAAACUCUGAUUUGAAGAUAAUGAAUGGAUUUUGCACCAAACCACAGGAAAGCCCGAAAACAACUCCAUCCUCCGCGCCCAGGCACCGAGUCCCGCUGCACAAGCCCACGGAUUGGGAGCGCAAGAUCCUCAUCUGGUCAGGUCGCUUCAAGAAGGAAGAGGAAAUUCCAGAGACGAUCUCGUUUGAGAUGCUUGAUGCUGCGAAGAACAGAAUGCGGGUGAAGAUCAGCUAUAUAAUGAUGGCCCUGACAGUGGUAGGAUGCAUCUUCAUGGUUGUUGAGGGCAAGAAGGCUGCCAGAAGACAUGAGACUCUAACAAGCCUGAACUUAGAAAAGAAAGCUCGUCUGAGAGAGGAAGCAGCUUUGAAGGCCAAAACCGAGUAAGGAGAGGUGUCCCUGUUGACUGGAUUUUUCACAGUUCAGGAUAACGUUGCUGAGUCAAGCCUGUAUUAUAAAGAAUGUGGUACGAGAUCCAUUUCAUGGAAAUAUGGUUUGCAGUCUUACACAAAUACUCUAUUUCUGCUCUGUAGGCAUAAAUAAAUGUUCUUUCAAAAGGG